UGAUUGUCAGAAAGUUGUACUAUUUGCAAUUCGUCGUACCACACGUGUUUACAAAUUUGUGAACUUCGAAUUGCGUAUCUUUAUAUUUUAAGGCCAUAAUUAUCUUUAUUUAAUAGAAAUGUCGGACAAGUACGCAGUGCCCAACAAGUUGCCGGGGAAGACUGUGUCGGUGCUAGCGCAUCGAAAACGCCGAAUUCUUCAAGACAAAGCUACUAUUGAGCAAAAGAAAGCUUUGAAAACCAAGAGAAUCGCAGGUCUGAAAAAACAUCAUAAAUUCCGUCGUCCUGAAUCAUUUGUUAUGAGUUAUCUGAAAGCAGAGCGCACAGCUAAACGAAUGAAACGCACAAUUCUGCGUAAUAAUUUAUUGGACACCAACGAUGCCAGCAAGACGAAUGAAAAAUUACUUUUGGUCAUGAGACACGCCGGAAAAAAGAUUUUCGAUGAAACCACUACUAAAAUAUUUAAAACAUUAAAUAUGCCUUAUCGCCAAAAUGCUGUAUUUUUAAAGAAUAAUAAAGAAGCACAAAUAUUGCUAAAGGUUAUCGAACCAUUCGUAGUAUAUGGAUAUCCUUCGCUGAAUAUAAUCCGUGAGCUGAUGUUUAAGAGGGGCUUUGCGCGUAUUAAUGGAAAGAAAACACCAAUUCAAUCUAAUGCUUUGGUCGAGGAGCAUCUUGGUGAUAAAGGUAUCAUUUGUUUGGAAGAUAUCAUCCACGAAAUUUAUACUGUAGGACCUAAUUUUGACGCUGUUAAAGAGUUUCUUUGCACUUUCAUGCUUUCUCCUCCACGGGAUGGGUGGAAAAAUAAAGUUUCGGUGUCAUACAAACGUGGCGGUGAAUAUGGCGACAGAGGCGGUGAUAUUAAUGAGUUAAUAAUGCGAUGCCUGUAAAUGGUUUGGUUUUAGUUAAGUUAGUGGUAUUGAAAUGUUUUUAUUUUCUUAAACAAAAUAAUGUUAGUAUAGGUUGUGUGAAUAUCAAUAAAUUGUUUUACACUCACUUUGGAAA